AUGGCCCACAAUACCAGUGCCCCCCGCAUAACUGAUGCGACAAAAGUAUGGACAACUCUAAUUACAAACACUGCCUACCUGUCGGGGCUACUGACCCUGGAAUACUCCCUCCGUAAAGUCGGUUCGAAAUAUCCGCUGAUUGCUCUCUACACGGACUCCUUCCCGGCGGAAGGUCAUGCUGCUCUUGAUGCCCGUGGAAUCUUGAAGCAGCGUGUCCCUUAUCUUCUGCCUUCAGUUCCCAAGGACUACGUGAAUGAUGUGCGGUUCUAUGACUGCUGGAGCAAACUUACGCCCUUCUCUCUUGUGGAGUAUGAGCGCGUUGUGCAGCUGGACAGUGACAUGAUGAUUCUCCGCAACAUGGAUGAGUUGAUGGAGCUCGAGCUAGACCCUCCAGCCCUGGCUGGGACAGGGAACCGUGUUUUUGCCGCCAGUCAUGCUUGUGUCUGUAACCCGCUGCAGAAGCCGCACUACCCUCCUGAUUGGAUUCCAUCCAAUUGCGCAUACACAUCCCAGCAUGCCACCCCGGAUGUCGCGCAAACAGAGGGCGCAUCACCCACGGCCGGGCUGGGUAUCCCCAACGGCGGUCUCCAGGUGGUCAAUCCGUCCCACGAAGUCUAUGAUAAGAUUCUGGCGCAGCUGUCCUCAUCUGCGACCACCAACUAUGAAUUUGCCGAUCAAUCCCUGCUAUCAGAUGUAUUCUUUGGGCGAUGGGUGGCGCUGCCGUACAUUUACAAUGCGCUCAAAACCAUGCGGUGGGAGGGGAUUCAUGAUGCGAUCUGGCGAGACGAGAGCGUCAAGAAUAUGCACUACUUGCUCAACCCCAAACCGUGGGAUGAGAGCGAGGCUGUCCGGUCGGGUCGCGAACCUCGCUCAAGCCGGGAAGCGCCACACAGCUGGUGGUGGGACAUUACGGAGGAGAGAGUGAAGGAGGAAAAGGCCAGAGGGGUGGAUGACAACUUCUAA